CAACACCCCGAGCUGGAGACAUAACCACAGCCUCACUCGACUCUCACUCAACGCUCACUCAACUCUCACUCGACUCUCACUCGACUCUCACUCAACGCUCACUCGACUCUCACUCAACUCCAAUGAACCGGGCAGGUUAGGACUUGGGUUGGUACCACUGUGAGACCCAAUCAUGUUAUGGGCAGUCUUGCUGCUGCCACUGUGGUUGAAACUCACUUUCUCUGAUGGGCGCUGGUGUGAGCGGAUGGUCCAAGUGACAGAGAAUCAGGUGAUUUCACCCAGGCGGGAGCAGUUGGUGCCUUGUUCCAGUGUGUUUCAGUACAACCUAGAUGGUUGGCAGUUGGACCAGGAGCAGAUGCGCCGGGAGUAUGGGGCUGAUGCAGGGAUAGCCAGAUAUUACCUGGAAAGAGGAGCUGCUUCCAUGUGCUACAUUUAUAAACCCCAGGACACAAGGCCAGUUGUGUCCAAUAGAACUAUAAGGGCAUGUUGUGAGGGUUGGAGUGGAGACCACUGCACAGAAGGACAAGGUUUCCUAGGUCGUUGCUUUCCCAGCUGGAACUGCCAAGACUUUCUACACUCGCUCAAUGUCUCUCUCAUGAGUAUGGAAGAGUGUUGCAGUCACCCUUGGGGCCACAGCUGGAAGAACGUCACUUCUGAUUUCUGUUUCAGCUGCUCCUAUGUGUCCCCCACAGCCGACCUGGCCUCCCCUUUCCUGAUGAAGCCGUACUUCUCCACCGCCUUGGUUGGGGUAUCCCCACAGCAAAGAAGAUUAUUCAGCACCUGUGUGACCUGGGGAGGUUUCCACUUUCGCACUUUUGAUGGAAAACACUUUCACUUCCAUGGAACCUGCACUUAUAGCCUGGCCUCCUCCUCUGACUCCACCUGGGCUGUUUAUAUCUCUGAGGAGCCCUGCUCCCAAAAUGACCAGUGUCCCAAGACUCUGGAGGUGAUACUCGGCUUGGAGAGAAUCACAGUGAGGAGAAAAGAGGUCUCAGUGAAUGGAGUGAUUGUAGAAGAAGGAGUUCCACAUCUGCAGAAUGGGAUCAACAUCCUCUGGCUUGGAGACUUCAUGUUCAUAGAGAGUGGCUUGGGGGUGCGAGUGAAGUUUGAUGGAAGGAACAACAUCUACGUGACUGUGACUUUAGACCAAAGAGGUCGGACUAAGGGACUUUGUGGUGUCUACAAUGAAGAUCCACAAGAUGACUUCACUGAAAUUGGUGGCAGCAUCUCACCCCACGCUGCUGGGUUUGCAAAUUCUUGGAGAAUUCAAGGCUCCAACAGUGAGAGAACUUGUGAGGAUGCAGCAGAGACCGGGCACAGUUGUGAUGUUCCUGGACGUGAAGCCAUCAGAGAAGAAGCUGAAGUCGUCUGUAGGAAGCUCCUCAGUUCCCCCUUCACCCAGUGCCACUCCAAGGUGGAGCCCAGUGGAUACUACGAGACCUGUAUGUACACCUACUGCCAGUACCCAGGGAGUGCCAGUGAUAGGGCUGGGGCUGUGUGUGAGACCUUCACUACCUAUGCCCGGGAAUGUGCUCAAGAGAAGAUCAUCCUAGACUGGCGCAGAGCUGGAUUUUGUGAGAAGAAAUGCCCAAAUGGAAAGGAGUACUCAGACUGCAUGUCCUCCUGUCCGGCCAGUUGUGCAGCUGUGGGGAGUUAUGAAGAUGGACAAUGCCGGGAUGAGUGUGUGAGCGGCUGCGAGUGCCCAGCAGGACUAUACCUUGAGCAAGGAGUUUGUGUUAAGGAGGAAGAGUGUCCAUGUUACCACCGUCGGCAGAGCUACUCUCCAGGGGACACCAUCAAGCAGAGGUGUAACCAUUGUGAGUGUCGGGGGGGCCGCUGGCAUUGUUCCCAGGACAAAUGUGCUGCUGAGUGUUCAGUGGUGGGUGACCCUCACUACGUAACCUUCGACCGCAAGAGAUAUUCUUUCCAUGGAACCUGUGAUUACAUCUUGGUUCAGGACUUUGUGGAUGGGAAGCUCCUCAUUACUGCUGAGAAUGUGGCAUGUGGCAGCAAAGGGUCAGUCAGCUGCCUACGAGCCAUUACUGUAACUGUCUACAAGACGUCCAUCAGACUCAGCAUCAAAGGAGACUACAGAGUAAAUGGAAGAGAAGUGACCCUUCCCUUUCUCAGCCCUGACCUAACUGUAAGGUGGGUCUCCUCCUCCUUCCUUCUUCUUCAGACGUUUGGAGCCUACCUCCUGUGGAGCUUGGAGUUUCCUGCUGCCUACAUCACUCUACAGCCAGUCUUCUCCAACAAGGUAAGAGGGUUAUGUGGCACAUACAACUGGAACCAAAAUGAUGACUUCACCACCCCUGAGGGAGAUAUUGAGACCAACAGCUUCUCCUUUGCCAACAAGUUCAAAGUGUCUCCUGAGUGCCCAGAUGUGGGACCUUUUGUAUUUGACCCAUGUGGGACAUACACACAGCGCAGGGAGUUUGCUGAGGAGGCCUGUGCAGUCAUUCUCAGUCCUGUGUUCCAGGCCUGCCAUGAUUUAGUUGAAUGGGAGCCAUUCCACCAACUCUGUCUGUACGAUGUGUGUGGCUGCGCCCCCAAUAAGAACUGCCUGUGCAGCACGUUAUCGGCCUAUGCUAGGCAGUGUGCUCAGGAAGGAGCCAUUGUGUCUUGGAGGAACCAGACAUUCUGUACUGUUCAGUGCACCGGGGGGCAGGUGUACAUGGAGUGCACUCCCCCCUGCAGGAAAACAUGUGCUGACCUCCAUAUGGCAGGGACUGGAUCAUGCCAAGAACUGGAAGGCUGUGUGGCUGGAUGCAAUUGCCCAGAAGGAUUGGUUCUAGAUGAGAGUGGACAGUGUGUGCCACCCAGCAUGUGCCAGUGCCAUCAUGGUGCUGAGACCCAUCAGCCUGGCAGCAAAAUUCAACAAAACUGCAAGAGCUGUGUUUGUGAGAAUGGUGUGUGGAACUGCACUGGCUCAAGUUGCCCUGAAGCAGCCUACUGCCCUGGGAAUAUGGUCUAUUCUCCUGGGAACUGUCUGUUUACCUGUGAUAACAUGGAGAUGAAUGGGACAUGUUCAGACACCCUGGAUGGAUGCGUGUGCCCAGACGGAACUGUACUCUUGAAGGAUAGUUGCGUAACUCCAGAAGACUGCCCCUGUCAUCACCAUGGAAAGCUGUACCACCCCAAUGAGACCAUUGUGAAAGACUGCAAUACUUGUGUGUGCAAGAACAGGCACUGGUCAUGUACUGACCUCAAGUGUAGUGGUGUCUGCACAGCUACUGGGGACCCUCACUAUAUCACAUUUGAUGGACGUUCGUUCACUUUCCUGGGAGACUGCCAGUAUGUCUUGGCACGGGAGAAUGAUGGCCUCUUCACUGUCACGGCUGAGAAUGUCCCCUGCGGAACCAGUGGAAUAACCUGCACCAAAUCCGUGGUGGUGAUGAUUGGUAACAUGAUAGUCCAUAUGCUGAGAGGCAAAGAAGUGACAAUUAAUGGAAUCGCUGUGAGGCCUCCCAAAGUCUAUAGUGGGAAUGGUAUUACUCUAGAAAGGACUGGUCUAUUCACCAUGUUCAUCUCCCAGUUGGGUCUGACUGUACUGUGGGAUGGAGGAACCCGUGUAUAUGUGAAGCUGGAUCCAGCUUUCCAGGGUCGUGUUAGUGGGUUGUGUGGGAACUUCGAUGGGGACACUGAGAAUGACUUCACCAGUCGUCAGGGAAUUGUUGAGCCCACAGCAGAUCUGUUUGGGAACAGCUGGAGAAUGAGCCUCAUGUGUCCAGAAGUUAAUGCUGAUGACUUUGAGCAUCCAUGUACGGAGAACAGCCAUCGUGUCAUUUGGGCCAGAAAGAAGUGUGGGGUGCUCUUGCAGUCUCUGUUUGCAGCCUGUCACCAGGAGGUCCCUUGCCAGCAGUACUAUGACUGGUGUGUUUAUGAUACCUGUGGAUGUGACUCAGGGGGUGACUGCGAGUGUCUCUGUACGGCCAUCGCCACAUACGCAGAGCAGUGCAACCAGAGAGGAGUCUACAUCCGAUGGAGGACGCAAGACUUGUGCCCCAUGCAAUGUGAUAAUGGGAUGGUGUAUGAAGCCUGCGGACCUGCCUGCCCUCAGACCUGUAAGAACAUGGAACUGGCGCCUGAUCCCCACUGCGGCUCCUUGUCUUGUGUGGAGGGCUGCUUCUGCCCCCCUGGGAAGGUCCUACAUGAGGGGCGCUGUCUGGAUCCAUCUGAUUGCCCGUGUUACUGGGGUGGUAUGCCGUUCCCAACUGGAGCUGCAAUCAAGCAUGGCUGCAAGAACUGCACCUGUGAAGCGGGCAAAUGGCAGUGCCCAACAGAACCCUGCUCUGCCCCCUCUCAUUGUGCUGACAACGAAUUUGCCUGCCACCUGAGUGAGCGCUGUGUGCCCAACGCCUGGGUCUGUGACAAUGAAGAUGACUGCGGAGAUGGAUCAGAUGAGAUUUGCCUACUGAUCUGUGCCCCUCAUGAACAUCGUUGUGCCAAUGGUCAGUGUGUGCCCCUUGCCCAUCGCUGUGAUGGCAAAGCAGAUUGUGUGGACCAUUCAGAUGAGUGGAGUUGUCCGGCACCACCCUGUGGUAGCGAUGAGUUCCGCUGCUUCAAUGGCCGCUGCAUUCCUGUAGCUUAUGUUUGUGAUGGGGAACUGGACUGUGGUUUCGGAGAUGACUCUGAUGAAUCAAACUGUUCCUCUGAGUGCAGUUCUACCCACUUUCGCUGCUCCAAGGGUAGCUGUGUGCCCUACAUUCACCACUGCGAUGGCCAUGACGACUGUGGGGAUUUCAGCGAUGAGAGAGGGUGCUACUGCAAUGUUGGGGAGUUCCAAUGUCCAGACAGGCUCUGCAUUCCCAGGGAGAAACUGUGUGAUGGGGAAAAGGACUGCCCCCAAGGAACCGAUGAGCUGCUUUGCACAGGGGCAGGGACCUGUUCUGAAGGCCGUUGGGCAUGUGGAGAUGGCUUGUGCAUUGCAAGAGAGAAGCUGUGUGAUGGGACACCUGACUGCAGUGAUGGUUCAGAUGAGUUUAAAGCUCAGUGUGCGACGGCUGUGCCUCCCCCUAGUAGUUCAGCUGGUAGUGACUCCACAGAGGCCACACGCCCCACUGUCAACCCCUGUGGACGUUAUGAGUUCCAGUGUUUGAGCGGUGAGUGUCGCCCCAGGGGGUGGUUGUGUGACAAUGAAGUGGAUUGCAGAGAUGGAAGUGAUGAGCAGAACUGUAACCGCACCUGUGGCUUUGACCAGUUCAAGUGCACCCUAAGUGGGGAGUGUGUAGGAUAUGGACAAUUGUGUGAUGGGAUCCCCCACUGCCGGGACCAGUCAGAUGAGAGCACAGACAACUGUGGUUCUACUCAGAUUCCCCCAUGUCCUGGGCACUUUAUUUGUAUGAACAGAAUGUGUGUCAACAUCUCCCUCCAGUGUGAUGGGGCCCCAGACUGUCCUCAGGGAGAGGAUGAGGUAUCUUGUGAGAGAAGCCCAGUAACAAUAUCACCAACUGGACCUAAGAACCAGACAGUACCAGCUUGCCCAGAGUACUCCUGUUCAGAUGGCCGAUGCUUGUUAUUUAAGCAGGUGUGCAACGGUAUCACUGACUGUGAUGAUGGGGAUGAAGCAUCAGGUUGGGUAGCUUCUGAUGAGAGGGACUGUGGCUUCUGGAGUCCAUGGGGAUCCUGGAGUGAAUGCAGCCACUCGUGUGGGACAGGGAUGCACAGCAGGAGGCGCACUUGCACCAACCCAUCUACUGACAUAUUAAGACAAUGCAGAGGGGAGGAUGAUGAAGCCCAGCAGUGCUUCACUGUGUCCUGCCCAGUCGAUGGCUCUUGGACACCAUGGGUAACGUGGUCCAACUGUACUCAGGAUUGCACUGGGAUAGUCAUCCGCAAGCGCGAGUGUAAUCUGCCUAAGAAUGGAGGGCGCCACUGCUCAGAGCUCCCGGAUUCUUCUUCUGCUUCUUUGGAAAUUGAUGUGUGUCGCCAGGAUGGAUGUCCUGAGACCCCAAGCUGUUCAGCUGAUCUGGAAUUCAGAAAGUGUGCGCCAUGUCCUCUCACCUGCUCUGAUUUGUCCAAUAAACGGACCUGUGCUCAGAACCAAACCUGUGCCUCUGGAUGCUUCUGCCCAGAAGGACUACUGUUGGACAGCCUUAACCACUGUGUGCGCCCAGAGCAGUGUCCCUGUGAGGUUGAAGGUGCCACCUACUGGCCUGGACAACUGGUUAAAGUCAACUGCCAAAUUUGCACCUGUCAAGAUGGUCAGAUGAAACAUUGCCGCCAAAAUCCAGAAUGCAGCGUGCAUUGUGGGUGGUCUGCCUGGUCCCCAUGGGGGGAGUGUCUCGGUCCAUGUGGAGUCCAGAGUAUACAGUGGUCUUUCCGAAGUCCCAACAAUCCCAGCAAACAUGGUAAUGGGAAGCAGUGUAGAGGCAUCUACCGUAAGGCCCGCAGGUGCCAAACAGAACCAUGUGAAGCUUGUUCUUACCAAGGCAAAACGCAGAGUAUUGGAGAACGUUGGCGCUCAGGAGAAUGCUAUGUAUGCCAGUGCCUGCCAAAUCUUACAGUGCAGUGCUCCCAUUUCUGCCAAUAUACCAACCACGGAUGCCCAGAAGGCCAGUAUCUGGUGGAGGGUUCAGGAGACACCUGCUGUUAUUGCUCAGAGACAGCUCCAAAUGGAACAGAGGUCUCCUGGCCUCCUCCAACCAGGUUCCCUGCCACUACACCAGUCCCUGCCCUAAUCACAUACCCGCUGCCAGCAAUAGGAGAUGAAUGUUACAAGCCUCUAAAGAUCUCCCUGCUACCAGAUUUAAGUUAUACUGCCUCCUCACAAAAUUCUGAGCACCCUGCCCAUGCGGGACGCCUCAAUCAGAUGUCGCCAAGAUCUGUAUUUCAAGGAUGGAGCCCACAGGAACAUGAGUAUGAUGGCCUUCCUUCCUCUUCCUCAUUCCUCCAAAUAGAUCUACAGGAGCCGUGGAACCUGACAGGAAUCGUGGUACAGGGGGCAGGAGCUCAGGAUGCCUAUGUUACCAGCUUCUCUGUGCAGUUCAGUAUGGAUGGGAACAAUUGGCAUGAAUACAAAGAACUGACCAGUGGGCAGGAGCAAACACCCAAGAUUUUCCAGGGAAAUUUUGAUGAUUCCACUCCUGUUGCCCGAAGUUUUGAGAGAAUAAUAAAAGCAAGAUAUGUCCGUGUCCUCCCACAGCACUUUCAUGGCGGCAUUUAUCUGCGCACGGAACUGCUGGGCUGUGGAGAAGUGCCCAAACCACAGCCUGGACCUCACGUCCGACCAGGGGAGGAGUCAUGCAAACCUGGCCAAUUCCAGUGCCAUAAUGGACACUGUGUUCUUGCUGGACCACAUGGAGUAGUUUGCAAUGGAGUCAAUGACUGCGGAGACCGAUCUGAUGAGAUCUACUGUGGCACAGCCCCCUCUCCCCUGCCCCCUGCAAAGUGGGGCUGUCAGAAGACCCAAUACUACUGCAAGUCAUCUGGCAAUUGCAUUGAGGCUUCUCAGAGAUGUGAUGGGCGCCAGGACUGCUCUGAUGGAGCCGAUGAGUUUGGCUGUGUUUCCUGGUCUCACAGUACCACAAGCAGCAGUGUUGGAAUCAGCUCAGAGACAAAACUACCAGGAACACAAAAUCCUUUAUGGCCACUCGCCCCGACGCCCCCAUCUGGAUCAACCUUGGAUUACACAAAACAGCCUCCCUCAGGUACCGAUGGAUCAAAAUUCCCAGGGGACACUUCUCCAACAGGUCCAUGUGAAAGUCCCCUUGGUCUAGAAGAUGGCCGGAUUCUCUACCAGCAGUUGACAGCCUCAUCAUAUAGCGAGAACAAUCCAGCUGAUGCAGGACGCCUUAACAUUGUGCCAAAUAUAAUGAACAUUGAACCUGGAUGGAGUCCAUUAAGCUCUGACACUCAACCUUACCUGCAAGUGGACUUUCUCCAGCCCACAUUCAUCACUGCAGUCAUUACACAAGGAGGCCGUCAGUCUGGAGGCUUCAUCACUCAGUACCGGCUGAUGUACAGCAACGAUGGUCUCGAAUAUUCCAAUUACACCGGGGGGAGCAGUGUCUCUGCCAAGAAUGCCCUGGUGUUUGAAGCAAACAGAGACAGUAACACCCCUGUGAGAAGGAACCUGCCCCGAGCUUUACUGAGCCGCUUCCUGCGCAUCCUCCCGGUGGAACAUCAUAGUUCAAUCUAUCUGCGGUGUGAGAUUCUUGGCUGUCCUUAUGCUGAGCCCUCUCAUCCCACCAGAGGUCCUGGUUCUGGGACAACAUUUUCUGUUGUCACCACCCCUGGUGAGGUAAAACCAUCCCACUGCCAACAAGGGGAGUUUGAAUGCGGCAGUGGAGAGUGCCUUAAUGCCUCCAUAUCUCUAUGUGAUGGAAAUGUUGACUGCCAGGAUUUCUCAGAUGAACAGGGAUGUGGUGCCUUGCCAUUGAACACUUCGGAUGUCUCAAUAAGUACUAUUGCUCCACCAGGCUGGGCAGGUCAUUUGGCUUCUGUUACCCCAGCUACAGGAGGAAAAGAAAUUGCAAGCAUGUCUCCUGGAAGUCCACAUAUGGCAGGCACCCCACUUCAAGGUGGAGCUACAAGGAAUCCUAUAGACACUGGUGAACCAGGUCUUUCUUAUCAGUCACAACCAACUGGAGACCCUGGUAUUCUAAGUGUAAAACCAGGAGCUAAAGAAACUACUGGAGUUACUGGGCAUCCAGGAAUUCAGAAAGAACAGAUCAUUGGUGGAAUUCCUGGAAUUAAAAUCCCAGAAAACCCUGAACAGAAUCUAAAACCAGGAAGUCAGGAGCCUACAGCAUUUCCCACUGGUUCUCCUGGACUUCUAGGAAUAACAGAAAAUAAAGGUGGAAAUACACCAGUGAUGGCUGCUGUAACAUCCAGCCAUCUUGAAACCUCUGGGGGAGCAGAAGUUGUGGGACGUCCUGGAGUACCCACCAGUGGCUACCAAACUGGCAUACCUGGCUUGUUUACACCAUUUUCUGGUAAGGAUGAGUGGAUGCUGCCUACAAAACCGCAUUUAGAUGGCAACCAACCAUUUACAGGUUUGCCAAGUAUAAGUACAGGAACAAGGGAUUCAGUUAUAGGGAUGGGAAAAGCUGGGAUGAGUGCAGAUAGCUAUGCUUCUUACCCCACUACAUCACCAGAUCAUGCCUAUGAGAACACAACACCUUACCCAGCAUGGGACAAGACAGAACCCCCAUCUCUCACACCAAGAACCGUUUCACCAAAGGAGGGACACCAGCAAUCUUAUCAGACAGGGGAAACAGUCACCACAGAUUUGUAUAAAUAUAUGGGAACAGAAGGUACACUUUUCCCUACACUAAGGACAGCUUCUCUGGGCCCUGGAGAACCAGGUACGAGACCAAUCAAGCCAGAGCUUAUUGCUGUACCUGAAGGACAUCAUGCCAGCUUGAAGCCUGGUGAGGGUGGUACAGUCAUUGUUUGGAAGGAGCCUAUUGAGGUUCCACCAGAGAAGGGCGCACAUGAAAUUGGACCCCUUAGGCCAGGGACUCAUGAAGAGCAUCAGGCCACACUCGUAACGAAAGAACCAAGCGGUGGGCCAGGGGCAAGUCUGUCUACAUCACUUCCCAGAAUCCCCUGCAGCGUGGGCCAGUUUGCCUGUUCUACUUUUGGUUGUGUGGAGAGCUCCUUUGUGUGUGAUGGGCAGGAGGACUGUAUUGAUGGGUCUGAUGAGUAUCACUGUGGUAAUAUGACCAUAAUCGUUCCAACCCCUCGUCCAACACUGUGGCCACCAUUGACUCCAGGUCCCAGUCUGUGCUCUGCCCAGCAAUUUGCCUGUGCUAGUGGGGAAUGCCUUUCCAUGGAGAGGAGAUGUGACCUGCAAAGGGAUUGUGCUGAUGGUUCAGAUGAAGACAUGUGUGCCGACUGCAUCCUUUCACCUUGGACAUUCUGGAGCGAGUGCAGCCGAACCUGUGGACUAGGGGUGACAUUCAGGCGCCGUGAUGUGAUCAGAGAGCGCCAGCCUGGGGGGCACUGUGAUGGAGCGCAGUUUGACAGCAAGAGCUGCUUUGCACAAGCUUGCCCAGUGAAUGGUGCCUGGUCUCCUUGGGGCAACUGGUCUCCGUGUGAUGCUGAAUGCCAAGGAGGGGUCCACUCAAGGAAGAGAAGCUGUGAAGAUCCCCCACCAAAAAACGGUGGCCUGCCAUGUAGAGGAGAAGCCGUACAGACCGAGUCCUGUAACCUGCAGCCAUGUGGAGAUACACUAGACUGUGGCCCGGAGAUGAUGUAUGUGAAUGCUAGUGACUGUGAGCCUCUGCAGUUGGAUCCAUGUCCCCAGACGUGCCGCGGCCUAAAUGCCGAGACCCUGUGCAACAGCAGCUGUAUGGCCGGCUGCCGCUGCCCCCAGGGUCUGUACCUACAGAAUGGGACGUGUGUGAAUAUCAGCCAGUGUCUCUGCCACACGGACCAUGGAUCUCAGGCCACCGGGGAGACCUCCAGCAGGGACAACUGCACAGUGUGUCAUUGCAAGAAUGGGAAAAUAAAGUGUGAUGAGUCGGAUUGUCCUGUGAACUGUGGCUGGUCCGCGUGGUCUCAGUGGACUCCAUGUGACCAAACCUGUGGCUCUGGAAUUCAGGAGAGGUUCAGGUCCCCAACCAACCCGCCCAGUGCCAACGGUGGUGCCCCAUGUGAAGGAGAUACCAGGGAAGUGCAGCAAUGUUUCUCCAGCUGUGACAAUGUCACAGAGUCUGAUGGAAUGUGGGGCGAGUGGACUCCCUGGUCUGCCUGCUCCAAAACAUGUUUGUAUGACGUGGAACAUAUAGGAGUGAGGAGACGAUUCCGACAUUGCAACAACUCCCUGGCAGCUUCUAUGUCACCUUGUGUAGGAGAGUCUGUACAGGAGGAAGCCUGUGAUACCCCACUGUGCCCAGUUACUGGUGGUUGGUCCCAGUGGAGCCCAUGGUCAGAAUGCACAGCAACCUGUGACUCGGGAGUUCAGACACGGAACCGUACCUGCUCCAAACCCUUCCCUUCCUAUGGAGGCACCGAUUGUCGAGGUCCUCAGAUCCAAACCCGAGAGUGUAACACCCAUCCCUGUCAAGAGUUGUGCCCUGAGAACAUGAUCUACCAAACUGCAGAGGAAUGUCGCAGUGCUGGUGGGGCCUGUCCCCGGCUCUGCCUUGACCAAGCUGCCCUGGUGGAGUGCACUUCUGCCUGCUAUGAGGGCUGCUAUUGCCCAGAGGGCCUUUUCCUGCAAAAUAACAGUUGUGUUCCCCAAAGUGAAUGUCCCUGUUACCACCAGGGGGCAAUCUACUAUCCUGGGGAGAAUGCAACAUUGGAUGGCUGCAAUAACUGUACCUGUGUGGCGGGGGAGAUGGUUUGUGGCAAAGAACCAUGCCCAGUGGACUGUGACUGGAGCACCUGGACCACAUGGAGCUCCUGCAGUAGAACCUGCAACGUGGGAACCAGGAGACGGUACCGCUCUGGAACCAACCCACCUGCAGCAAAUGGUGGACGAGCGUGUGAGGGAUCCAAUGUUGACAUUGAGUUCUGUAGCCUUCAAUCAUGUAAGGGCUCCGCUGGGGAGUGGAGUCCCUGGUCAGAGUGUUCAGUUCCCUGCGGGGGAGGAUACAGGAAUCGGAGUCGAUCCGGUGUUGUACUCAGAAGGAUUGAGUUUUCUACUUGUAACCUCAACCCCUGCUCCGGUGAGGUUCCUGGUGUGUGUCCAGAUGGAAAGAUUUGGAAGGAAUGCAGUGAUGGGUCUUCUUCUUGUGCUGAUCUCUCCAGUGAAAUGUCCAAUGGCACCUGUCAGCCUGGGUGUUACUGCCAUGAUGGAGAAGUUCUGCUGAAUAACUUGUGUGUCCCCACCACCGCCUGUCCAUGUACUGAGGAUGGAGCCUUGUACGAAGCAGGAGAAACUGUGUCCAGAGGCUGCAAUAAUUGCACCUGCUUGUCUGGCCAGAUCACCAACUGCACCCAACUGCACUGUGAAGUUGAUGGCAACUGGUCAGACUGGACUCCAUGGAGUGAGUGUUCUUCCACAUGUAGCGGUGGGAUCCAGACUCGCUACAGAUUCUGUGAUGAUCCUCCCCCAUUAGGCACAGGACUUCCCUGCGAGGGGCCCGAUCGUGAGGAGCAGCCUUGUAAUGUGGAGCCCUGUUCAGAGGGUGGAAACUGGAGCCAAUGGAGUGAUUGGACUGAUUGUACCAAGACCUGUGGAGAAGGGGUGAAGAUGAGGAGCCGGACAUGUGACAGCCCUUUGCCACUCGGGGAAGGAAAUUACUGUGAGGGUCCCAGUUCAGAAAUAAUGCCCUGCCACCUGCCUGAGUGCCCUAAUGGAGAAGAAGCCAAUUGUUCUGCCAUCCUGGGCUCUGUGUAUAGUAGCUGUGGCCCCCCGUGCCCCCGCACCUGUGAUGAUGUCACUCACUGCACGUGGCACUGCCAACCUGGCUGCUAUUGCCCCAAUGGGCAGGUGCUGAGUGACAAUGGCACAGUCUGUGUAGAUCUGGAGGAUUGUACUUGUCUGGACAUCUUCAGUGGCCACAGAUACCUCCCGGGAGAGAUGGUGCCCCACAAGGACAGCUGCAAUAACUGCACCUGCCUGAUUGGAACCUUGUCCUGCACUAAAGAACCCUGUGCAGUGGCUGGCGGGUGGUGUGAGUGGUCCCCCUGGACUCCCUGCUCCAAAACCUGUGGCACAGAGAUGGUAACAAGGUACCGCAGUUGCGCCUGCCCAAAACCCAAGCAGGGAGGAGAUCAGUGCCAGGGGGUGCAGCAAUAUUAUGGUGAUACCGGGGUACAGCUGGAAAGGAAAGAAUGUCCCUCGUCUACUUUCUGCCCAGUGAAUGGCAAUUGGGGUUCCUGGAGCCCAUGGUCCUAUUGUGAUGCCUGCACAGGAGAAUCCAUCAGGACCCGGCAAUGUAACAAUCCUCCGGCACGGUUUGGUGGGGUGCCAUGCCAAGGAGAGGCCCGGCAGAGCCAAGCUUGCCAGGAUAACAGCACCAUGUGUUCAGAUUGCGGUGGAGGGCAGGUGAAUUUUCCAUGUGGGAGACGCUGCCCACGUUCUUGUGAAGAUCUCCAGGAGGACACUAUGUGUAUGGAUAGCCCUGGAUGCCAGUCAUCAUGUGGGUGUCCUGAAGGGCAGAUCAUGCAGGAUGGGACAUGUGUGGAACCCAGUCAGUGCCGGUGCAAGUACCAGAACCGUUCUCUUGAAGCUUCAGAGACUGGGAACAGCUCCUCAUGGUCUGGACCAAUCCCAUGGGAAUAUGCUCUGCCUGGGGAAUCUGUGUCUGGUCCCUGCCAGAACUGCACUUGCACUGCCGGCCGUUUACUCUGCACCCCAGAUCCCUCCUGUCGUCUAGAUGGUAAAUGGGGUCCCUGGAGCUCCUGGUCUUCCUGCUCCCAGAGCUGUGGAAAGGGAACCCAGACUCGAGACAGACAGUGUGACAGCCCAGCUCCCCAGAAAGGAGGGCGAGACUGCUUGGGAGAUGGACAACAACACAGAGACUGUCAGAGCCUGGAAUGUCAAGAGCAAGAGUCAUGGGGUCCCUGGUCCUCGUGGUCACCUUGCAGUGUGUCCUGUGGGGGUGGGGAGCAGAUUCGGGUGAGGGAAUGUCAACAUGACGAGUGCAAGGGGAAGGCGAUUCAAAGCAGAACUUGUAACAGUCAAGUUUGUCUUGAUGUUGGAUGCCCACCCGGCCGCCUGUAUCGUGAAUGUGAGAAUGGAGAUGGGUGUCCCUACAGUUGUGCCCACCUCACCCAGCAGGUGGAAUGUUUCUCAGACGGGUGUGAGGAGGGAUGCCACUGCCCCGUGGGGAUGUAUAUCCAUAAUAAUUCCUGUGUCACGGAAUGUCCAUGUGUAAUGACAGAAGGAUUAGUACAAAGAUUUAGGAAUCAUUCGUCCAAUCCAGAUUUCACACCAAUACCAGUAACUGACAGAGGGGUACAGAUUAUGGGAGGAGAGGAAGUCAUGCUGGGGGAGAAGGUCCAACACGAAUGCAGCUUUUGCACAUGUGAGAAUGGCUGGAUGAAUUGCUCCUUCUCUGCUUGUUCUGUGCAUGGAGCCUUCACCCCCUGGAGUCCUUGGAGUCCUUGCUCAGUGAGCUGUGGUGGCCUUGGGAAUAUGACCAGGACACGACACUGUACCAAUCCAGCCCCAGCUAAUGGGGGGAGGAACUGUGAGGGCCCCAGCGUGGACAUUAAAUAUUGCCAAACACCAGACUGUGAAGAUAUAACAAGCCCCACCAUGGAACCUUUCCCAGAUAUCACAGGGUCACCAGAGGAAGGGGGUUAUGGUCCCUGGUCCUCCUGGACACCAUGUUCAAAGAGCUGCAGUGACAAUAUGUACCCGGCAAUGAAGACUCGCUCUCGCUUCUGUCUGGGUGGAAGGAAUUGUACAGGGGAGUCAUACCAGGAGCGAGCUUGUAACCUUCCACAAUGCACAGACUCCCCAUUGUGUGAGGGGGAAGACUGUCAUCAGAGAAACUGUUCCUGGAACCCCUGGUCAGAGUGGAGUGAAUGUUCAAGAACAUGUGGGGUUGGCCAGCAAACUCGUCUCCGCACUUACAACCCACCCGGAGAGAAUGGCUCUUGGUGUGAAGACAUUGUAACUGGGAACAUGGAGAGGAGAUUCUGUAACCUGCAGGCCUGUAAAGUGGAUGGCAGCUGGUCUAAGUGGAGCCCAUGGUCCUGGUGUGAUCGCACCUGUGGUGGAGGGAAGUCAAUAAGAAGCAGAACCUGCACAAGCCCCCCACCAAAAAAUGGAGGCAAGGAUUGCCCUGGAGAGAAGCACCACAUGCGAAUCUGUAACCCUAAGCCCUGUGAUGAGGGUUGCCCACCAGGCAUGGAGCAUUUUAAAUGUGCCAAUAAGUGUCCACGUCACUGUUCUGAUUACCAGAAGGGCAUUGUAUGCCAGAAUGAUAAAGAUUGUGAAGCAGGAUGCCGCUGCCCAGAAGGGCUACUGGAGCAAGAUGGAGCUUGUGUCCCCAUUUCUCACUGUGAGUGCACAGACAUGCAGGGUCAAAGCUGGACCCCUGGCAGUUCACUGCAAGAAGACUGCAACAACUGUACCUGCUUGAAUGGGCAUCUUGCCUGCACCAACAACACCUGCCCACGCCUUGACUGUCAGUGGAGCCAGUGGUCCAAGUGGUCUCAGUGCAGCAUAAGCUGUGGAAGCGGCACCCAAAGCCGAUUUAGAUCAUCCACCUCGGGAUCUCCUAAAAGGGAAUGUCAGGUACCUGAGAAGCAAUCUCGACCAUGUUACCCUGGGAUGUGCCCUGAACUUUGUCCACACAAUGGCACCAACAGGCAUAUUGGAGAUGCUUGGCUACUGGGAGAGUGUCAACAAUGUAUCUGCACCCCAGAGGGAAAUUACUGCCAGGACAUCGAAUGCAGAGUGGAUGGAAAUUGGACUCCAUGGUCCCCGUGGUCCGAUUGUCAGGUCACAUGUGGUCCAGGCAUUCAGAUCCGCACAAGGGCCUGCAUCAAUCCUCCCCCAAGAAACAAUGGUUCAAACUGCAUAGGCCCAGACACAGAGACACAGGAAUGUUCCAACAGACCUUGUGAAGGGAGUGGCCUGUGUGACUGGUCUGAGUGGAGCUCCUGUUCCAAAACAUGUGGCGUUGGAUUAAGGAGUCGGACAUGGAGAUGUGACUGUCCUGUUGCUGAAUACUCAGAAGAGCCCUGCAAUACCACUGAGGUUGUGGAGACAUCGGCCUGCUACAUUCAGCCGUGUCAAGGAAGUUGCCUUUGGGGCCCCUGGAGUGAGUGGACAAAUUGUUCCUGUCAUUCUCUGUUGCAACACCGUUUCAGGGAGCAGAAAGGCCUCACCUUCAGAGGAGACACCUGUGAGGAGCUUGGGACUGAAUCAAGACUGUGUAACCUGUCUGAUUGCUCUGAGUCCAGCUGCCUCCCUCCAUUUCAGUUCAAUUCCUGUGGAUCUGCCUGUGAGGGACUUUGCUCUUCCAGACGCCAACCAGAGAUUUGUCGUGAUGCACCCAGGUGCCAGGCUGGCUGUUACUGCCCACAGGGAAUGCUGGAGCAGAAGGGGGAUUGUGUCCCUCAGUCCGAGUGCGGCUGUGUGUACAUCUCACCAACAGACAGUGCAACUUCACCCGAGACCCUUUUUCUCCCUCCAGGACAGAGUGUGAGCUUAGGAUGCAGAGAGUGUAUCUGCCAGCAGGGGGAGCUACAGUGCGACAGGACUAACUGUCAUGAAGAAGCAUUACUGAGCGAGUGGUCUGAGUGGUCUCCAUGCAGCCCCUGUCUGCCCUCUGCCCCCUUCUCUCUACAAAAUGCCUCCACCACACCAACAAUGUUCUCAGUUCAGCAACGUCACAGGCUCUGCCUCAACUCCCACACUGGAUUCCCAUGGAGUGGCCCCUCAGCUGUUUGUGCUGGAGAACUCAUGCAGGAGAGAGACUGCCCAGAUAAGGGGGUCUGUGAAGAUCUCUGUGUUUGGAGCAUGUGGGGAGAGUGGAGCCCAUGCCGGGAGCCUUGCAGUGGGGGUUUCCGUGUCCGAUGGCGCCAUGUCCAUCACCCAGUUGGGGGUAAAGUCUGCCAGGGCCCAAAAUUCCAAUCCCAGAGCUGUAAUACUGCAGCAUGUCCAGGUGAGGAGUGUGAGGAUCGUGGGAAAGCCUCCAAGAUGUCUUGUGCCAACCAGUGCCCACGAGCUUGUACUGACUUAUGGGAACAUGUGGAAUGUCUGCAGGGCCAGUGCAGAACUGGCUGCCGGUGCCCAGAAGGGUGGCUUCUGCAGGACAAGAGGUGUGUGCCCAUCUCAGACUGCAGGUGUGGUAUGCCCACAGCUGAUGCCACCAUAGAGUAUGAACCAGGUGAUGUGGUUCAAGUGGACUGCAACAAUUGCACAUGUCUGAAUGGGACCUUCACUUGCACCAAUUUGAGCUGUCCAUCCUACGGAACCUGGACUGAAUGGAGCACCUGCUCUGUGAGCUGUGGUGGAGGCCACAGGCAAAGGAGUCGCAUGUGUUUGCAAGAAGCAGCUGAGGGGGUCCCUUGUGGUAGUGAGAACCAAGAGGUGGAGGAGUGUAACACCCUUCCCUGUCCAGCUGACUGUGAGCUGAGCGAGUGGUCAGAAUGGAGUGAGUGCAGUGCCAGCUGUGGGGGAGGAAUAUCCGAGAGAAGCAGAGUGGUCCUGGAACCAGGUGAUCCUGGUGGAAAUCCUUGUCCCUCCCCGCUUCUCCUGCACAGAUCCUGCAACUCCCACAACUGCACUCCAGAGUGUCCAGGAGACCAAGUGUACAGUGAUUGUGCCAAUGUGUGCCCUCAGACAUGUGCUGAUCUCUGGCCUGGCACAGAAUGUUUGAACCAAACCUGUGAGCCGGGAUGUUCUUGCCCAGUGGGACAGGUACUGCUCAAUGGCACAUGUGUACCCCCAGAGAACUGCACCUGCUCCCUGCAACCAACUGCCAGCAUGCCCUGGGCUGCCAACCUCACUCUGGAGGAGAGAAUGAAGGAAUACCAAGCUGGCACUGCCAUCUACCACCAAUGUAACAGCUGUGUUUGCCACAUGGGGGCAUUUAUCUGUACCCAGGACAAUUGCAAUGUGGACUGCCAGUGGUCUGAUUGGUCAGAGUGGUCUCCUUGCACAGUGACAUGUGGCACCGGAGUUCAGAUCUCACAGAGAUAUCAAGUCCAACAACGACUGUAUGAGGGUCACGAAUGUUCUGGGUCUUCAACUCGUCACAGGCCAUGUGCUCAGGCAGACUGUGAUUGCCCUGUUGGCGAGAGCUGGAGAAGACCUUCCCAUGGUACAGAGUUAUGUGAGCGGACUUGCCAGGAAGUGUAUGAGGGGCCACAGAGAAACUGCAGUGGCACAGAGGGCUGUGUGUGUGAGCCUGGGGGCUACCGGAGUGUGAGUGGGCUCUGUGUCACCGCUGCUCACUGUGAGUGUCAACACCAAGGGCAGAUCUACCUGCCGGGUACUGAAUGGCAAGAUGGGUGUGAGACAUGUCGCUGUGUAAAUGGGCUGAGAGAAUGCACAGCUGGAUGCCCCCCUUUACAUUGCCUGGAGGGGGAGGUGAAAGUGCAGGAGCCAGGAGAAUGUUGCCCUGUGUGUAGAAGAGAGAUACAAGAUGAGCCAACAGCCAUUUGUCAACUUCACAAGGAGAUAAGAAACAUCACCAAGGGCCCCUGCCACCUGGACCAAGUGGAAGUCAGCUUCUGUAGUGGCCAAUGUCUGUCCUGGACCAAUGUCCUUCCUGAGGAGCCCUAUCUACAGACCGUUUGUGACUGCUGCAGUUACAGGUUGGACCCAGUGAGCCCAGUGAGAAUCCUGAACCUUCAGUGUGAAGAUGGUGAGACAGAACCAGUGGUACUGCCUGUGAUCCACAGCUGUGAGUGCAGCAGCUGCCAAGGUGGGGAUUUCUCCAAGCGCUGAGUGAACCCCCCCAAUCUCUGAGCUCAUCCUGCACCCGACUGUAAAUAUUCACCCCUCUCAUGUGCCGCCGAGUGACCCACAUUGCACUGCCUUUUGUACUGUAUAUAAAUGUGACCAAUAAUAAAUUGUGUUUUGGCAACA